UCACCCAAACCCCGCUUGACCAUGAACGAGAGAGGUUUAAAUACCCUCCCAAAGACCUUCAACCAAGGUCCCCAAGAUCAAGGACCUUGAAAGAAUCAAAACGCAAAAAAUAUCCCUAACUAGUCUAUUACAUAACACUACAUACCAUAACUACUUAGUUACACAUCGCCCACCAUGCCUCUCACUGGCCACUGCCUCUGCAAGGCCGUCACCUACUCAAUCGACAUCGACAAGCCACUUGCCGUUGCUUAUGACCACUGCGACGAUUGCCAGCGUCAGAGCGGCUCCACCUACUCGCUGGUCGCCGUGGUUCCGAAGGAUAAACUCACCAUCAAGGGUCCUACGAAGAGCUGGGCUGGGCUAGGAAGCUCAGGGAAGGCCGUGCAUCGUGUGUUUUGUUCUGAAUGUGGUUCGCCAAUUGCCCAUGAUCCGGAUGCUGCGCCUGAGAUUAUCGCUAUCAAGGCUGGUACCUUUGACACGGAGAUUAAGAAGGCUUUGCAGCCGGACACUGAAAUCUGGACUGUGAGCAAGCUGCCUUUUUGCAAGGAGAGCUUGGCGCACCCGUUCGAGCAUAUGCCGCAAUAAUUAAUUCGUCAAAUGUUAUGGUCUAUCUAUCCCGUGCCUUUUGGGGUGAAAACCUUACCUGCAAAUAACCAUUUAGAUCAGAUAAUGAUCUCUUCCCCAUUGAGCAUAUUUUUGCCAGUGAAGCUAUGAAUAUAGUCUAUCUUGAUGACGAUGAUGAUGAUGAUGAGUGUGUAAUCAAUAGACUGCAAGAAGCUAUAUUGACAACAAUAGAAGAUUCUUUAUAUAAAUUAUUAU